GCGGGCCUGAUGUCGGAGCGCGGCCCGGAGCCGCGGCGGCGCUGCGGGAGCAGGAGGAGGAUGGCGGGGCUGCCGUGGAAGUGGCCGCGCACCCGCCUGCCCGUGGGCGCCAGCGCCCUGGGCAUCUUCGUGCUCUGCUGGCUCUACGUGUUCCCGGUGUACCGGCUGCCCGACGAGAAGGAGAUCGUGCAGGGCGUGCUGCUGCAGCAGGGCAAGGCGUGGAGGAGGAACCAGACCGCGGUCGCCCUGUUCAGGAAGCUGCUGGAAGAAUGCUGUGACCCUGGGCAGCUCUUUGCUAUGACAAAGAUGAAUUCCCCCAUGGGAAAGAACCUCUGGUUUGACGGGGAGUUUUUAUAUUCUGUCACAAUUGACAAUGCAACUUACUCUCUCUUCCCACAGGCUACUCCCUUCCAGCUGCCACUGAAGAAGUGCUCCGUGGUGGGAAACGGCGGGAUCCUGAAGAAGAGCGGCUGCGGCAAGCAAAUCGAUCAAGCAGACUUUGUCAUGAGGUGCAACCUUCCUCCUCUGUCCAGUGAAUACAGCAAGGACGUUGGAUCCAAAACCCAGCUGGUGACAGCAAACCCCAGUAUCAUUCAAAAAAGGUUCCAGAACCUGCUGUGGUCCCGCAAGGCCUUCGUGGACAGCGUGAGGGUGUACAACCGCAGCUACAUCUACAUGCCAGCCUUCUCCAUGCGCACGGGCACGGGGCCCUCGCUGCGCGUCUAUUACACGCUGCAGGACUUCGGCGCCCGGCAGUCCGUGCUGUUCGCCAACCCCGCCUUCCUGCGCGACAUCGGCCGCUUCUGGAAGGGCAAGGGCAUCCACGCCAAGCGCCUCUCCACGGGGCUCUUCCUGGUCAGCGCCGCCCUGGGGCUGUGCGAGGACGUGACCAUCUACGGCUUCUGGCCCUUCGCCGUGGACCUGCGCGGCGCCUCCCUCAGCCACCACUACUACGACAACGUGCUGCCCGACGCGGGCUUCCACGCCAUGCCCGAGGAGUUCCUGCAGCUCUGGUUCCUGCACAAGAGCGGCGUGCUCCGCAUGCAGCUGGAGCCUUGCGAGCAGCCCUCGGCCUGAGCCCGCUCUGGGACACGGGGAGUUUUUCAUUUCCGUGCUCUGCAACAGAGAGCUCUGGGUUAUGGUGGUUGUUUCUCAAGGGAUCUGCACGGACCGUGAAAAUGCUCCUUGAAGGCCAAAUGGAGUAUGUCCUUGUUGUUCAGUGCUUUGUGGAACUGGGAGAGGAGGAAUGCAUCUCUCCAUCAAGUCCAUUCAGCAGCGGUGGGAAAACUGUCAGAAGCAGCACAGCUGAACUUUGCAGGGACGUUUUUAAGUGACAAGUGUACAAAGGGCAUUAAGGCUCAGAGAGUCACCGGGCCGCUCAUAAGCUUUUGCUGACAGUGCCAAAUACGACUAUCUCUUCCAAAUUCCAUUUCAUACCAGAUCAGCAUCCUGUAGAACUUUCCUUUUUCCUUGCUUUUCCCCUCUGUUUGGGGGUGGGUGUGUGUGUAGGACAGCAUGUGUGUGUCAUUGACUCCUUGUUUCUUUUCCUUUUAUUCCUUUUAUUUUUUAUGUGUUGCCCCCUCCUCCGAGGAAGGAAAAGGAAGGGCUUGAAAGCCUCAGGAGCUGAGCACCAUCAGCUCCUCUGAAGACUCUGGGGAGAGUGAAGGUGCUGAGAAUCUGGUUAGAAUGUCCUAGGAAUGCCUUGCUACUGGGGACAGACAGAGCUGUGUGUUGUAGGUGUUAUCAGGAUGGUUCAGGUCGCUGCAUUACAGCUGUGCCGGUGCUGUGCUGUGGGCAAGAGCUGGUUAAGGCAAACUGCUCUGAAAGGAAGCAUGUUACAAAACCAGCUACAGGGAAGUGCAGCCUGGUUUCAGUGACCCGCUGCAAGAUUUCUGCAGUGACUUUCAUAGCAGGGAUGGUUCCUGACCUGCUUUUCUGUCCAGCCUUAGGGAUUAAUUCUGUAUUCAUUUGGACUCCAGAUGUUCACGGACUGUUGAGGGUAUUUGAGGGGUUCAGUGGAAUGUAGAAUGAGGUUCUUCAUGUGCUUACAGCAGGAAAAUUGCAGAAAUGAAUGUGUCAUUUAAAAUUAGUCGAAGCUUUGAGAAUCGUUUCUCUGCGUGUGACUUGCUCUUCUGCUUGGAUUGUAACGUUAGCCUUAAAGACUUGUACUUCUCACACGAGAUUGUCUCUGCUUGAGGAGAGUCUGGGAAAUAAAACAGCCUUUGGGAGCACCGAGAAGCUGCACAGCCAGCAAGGAAAGGAGAAAAGAGAAGGGCAUGCCUGCUGCAAGGCAGCCCUGCUGGCAGUGGAGAAUCUGUCAGUGUGCACAGUGCCUGAAGGACUGUUUUAUUUUGGGUUGUUACUUGGGCAGCAGAUGGUCUCUCACUGUGGAAAUGAGAAAUCCUUUUGUUUGUUUGCUUUGGUUUAGCACUGGAGGACAAGAGGAGAAUCCCAGCUCGGUCUGCAGCACAAUUUUGGCUGCGAGAUGUUGCCACCGUUAACUUGAAAAAUCCAGAUCAGUGUUCUCGUUCUUAUUAUCUUCUUACUGAAAAUCUAGCCAAGGUGUUGGAACAACAGAACUGUCAUCAACUUUCCACAGCAACUUCCUGUGCUGUUCUAGCCCCAAAGUUCCAGUAUUUUGGGGGAUGUCUCUUCUCAAGUGUUGAUAAGGUCUCUCCUUGUAGACUACCAGCUGCAAGUUCUAUAGAUAUAAAUAAUUUUUUUAAAAAGUGAAAUCCAUGGCUCCUUUUUAAAUAUGAAUAGUUCAACACUCUGUAAGAAACUGGGGACAAAAUAAUAAUGUUUUUCUUUUUUUAAUUAUGUUUGAUAAUAAAAAUUUUCUUUUGGAAUAUGGAUAUUCCAAGCAUAAAGUGGGCACUGUUUUGUAGGAUUACAGGGCAAUGCUAAAGGGUAAUGUGGAUAUUUUGGGGUGUUCUAGCUAUUGCUCAGAUAGAAUCUGAAUGUACCUCAUAGCCCAUGAUAUCUUUGUCCAUGCUUUCAUUAAAAGUACAGUCAGCACACCGAUGGAACCUCACCUGAUAAUUCAUUCUGUUUCAUUAGUGCAUUACUUGUGAUGUGGGGACUCGGUGAGGAAGGGUGUGAAAGUAAAAUAUUUUCCUUUCUGCUUGUUAUGGCAGAAUUUGACUGAGCUGCCUUUCUUGGAGACAAAAGAGGUGCCUGUAUGGUUUCUAUUGGGUGCAUCAGGUUUGCACUUGUGAGUGCUUUAUAGAUUCCAUUAUAUGUGCAAACAACAUUUGGAAUAUGAUGUGCUACAAAUGGCACAUCAGCAGGGUGCCAGCAUUUCCUUGAGAGCAGGAGGGAGUGGGAGAGUGAGGGGGAGCUUCCUCUUGGCUGGUCAUCUUGUGCUGUUUCACCAGUACUUAGGAAUUCACUUCUGAACCUCUCCUACAGCUCUCCAGCCCCUUGGUGAUUAUUUGUUCUGUGUGUUGGGGAAAUAAUUGCAUGAGAAGAACAAGUGGUUUUGUAGGAAAACUCUUGAGUAUUUUGUAAUGUCUGGUUGUUCAUGUUCAGCCGGUGCCCUGGGUAUCUGGAGAUGUUGUGUUCCCCACCUGAGUAGGACUGAACCUGAGGCCUUUGCUGGUGUCUGCAGUCCUGGUGUUUGCUAGGAGACAGCUUCCAAGGAACUGUGGGGUUAGGAGGCACCCAGGCCGUGUGUGAUGUGCAGCUGAUACUGGAGACGUCUGCCGUUCUGGCUCUGGUCACAUCUGCAUGCAGUGAGUGCGAUGGCACACACCGUGCGAGGCAGCCACGCGUGGCGAGGAACUGAUGGCUUCAAGGGUGAGCAGUUCUCAAUAACUUCCAGCGAACUGGCAGGUGAGAAACAACAAGAAAUGCCACUGUUGAGAGGCAAGAUCUGGUUGAGCUUGUCAGUCCGUGGAAACGCUGGCCAGCACUCAGCCUUUGCCCAGCAGGUGAAAGGGGAGGCAGGAGAGCACUGCAAUUGCUCUGUGGCAGGAGCAGUGAAAAGGGCAGAACCAAGGAGCUGGCAAGGUAAGAGGGGCUGUUAGCUGAGAGAAUGCUGCAGUGAAGGCAUCCAUGGGGACUGUGGGCUGGCCUUGGGGGUGUCCCACAGCAGGGCAGCCCACGUGUAGGAACACUGAUAUCAAAUAUGGCAUUGCAUGGAAGGGCCUGAGAAUUUAUCCAUCUUCAGGAGGGAGGUCAUUGCUUGUGUUGCUGUGUUUUUAGUGAAGUCCUUUGAAAUCUUACUAUUUGUUAGUGAAGUUCCCUCCUGCAGCACCUGUUUCCACUGCCAGUUCCUGAGUUUCCCUGAUAGUGUGGCUAAAGCUGCACAAAUCUGCCAGGUUGAAAGCCACUGCAGUUCAUCUUCAAUAAAAUCUGGCUCAGGCUGGCCAAAUGAUUUGUUAAUAUUCAUAGCUAUUAAUUUUAUGAUAGAGGUAACAAGGGACAGAAGUGCUGGAAUAUUGCUCUGCCUGCAGAGCAAUCAUUGUCCCGUGUCUGUGAGGAGAAUAAAUUAAAUACCUGUACAAGAAGGGCAUGCACUGAAAUCCCUCUUGAUACAAUCUUUUUGGGCCUGUAUAUGUUCUUGAGGAAAUCAAGACCAAUUUUUGAACUUGUGACAAAAUCAUGUGAAACUUUCCCUCCUUGUUGAUUAGGAAGCCUCUUGGAGCUCUUUCUAGAUCAGACAAGCAAAACAGAAACCAGCAAAGCAGAAUCCUGGAGAAGGGAGUGGGAGGUGUGCCCAUGAGAAUAAAAACAUCUCUAAUUUUGGCACAGACUUUGUUACAGUGCUAAGAACUCCUGCUCAUGAAUGUGCUUCUUUGAUAUUUUUGCUGGAAUGAAGGUAACAAGUUUGGUGUGAGGCAGCUACUAAAGUCAAAGGUCUAAGCCUCUGUUACAGAUGAAGUUUUACAGAAUAUGGAAAUAUUGGCUGGUUUUUUGACUUGACCACUUUCAUGUUUUUGUUAUUUUCCUCAAAAUUAAUGUUGUUUUCUAGGCAGCUGAGUUAGCCCCUCUGUGAGAGCUGAAACUAUGCAAAGUAUCUGCUUUCUGAAAUGUAGUGUCCUGAGAUGUGUCAGUUACAGCAAACCACUCCUGGAAACAGCUUCAUGAACACCGACCUGGUAUCCAGCUCAGCCUGGCCUGUAAUUAAGGUGCAAGGGAACAUUUAUUGAGGAGUGAGGAAAUGCAGGAGGUGACAGCAAUCUCAGCAUUUGCUGCCUCUCUGACUCUCCUCCAGCCUAACAGAUUAGUAAGCACUGGAAGAAGUCCAGGUUAUAGGAACGACAGGCUGUUUGUUCCUGCCCAUCAAACGCAGAUGUAAAAUGGACUAACCAGCUGCUGUCCUGAACCAUGGCCUCCUUCUAAAGCUCACAUGGUGCGGUUUCCAUUAGCUGACUCUUCCAGGGAAGCCAAACUCACCAGGCUUUGUCCAGAAAUGCCUGUUCCCCAUCUCCAUGGUUGUUUGAGGAAUGUUCUGGGUGCAGUGACCUCCUCUUAGUGUGGAUUUGUAUUUCUGCCCCAAGCCAUCAUCCUGAAGGAUCUCUCUUCCCUGCCCUUCCAGAUGACCAUUCCCUUUGGGGACUGAGGUGUGACUUUAAAAAUCCUGCCAGAAGGCAGCUAAUAUGUUUUGUAGUUUGAACAAGCUUUUUUUUUAAACUGUUGACAAAUCCGCCAAGAGCUCCAAAUAGAAAAUAUGGCUUCAGCCAGGUGUUGGUAAUUCCCUCACUGGAGAAGAGCAAGAGGAUACAUGAUAGAAGGAUGUGGUUUUCAACUGUUGUAAAAUAAUACCUGUUACCUUGAAUUCCCGUAUUUUAUCUCUUGGAAUCUAUCAUAUGUUUGACUUUUUUGUAGUUUCUGAACAGAACAAUUAGUAAAAGAUUUAAAGUUGUUUUUGUUAAAUAUUAACAGACUCGUUUCCCUGAGUGGAAUGCCAAGACCCAACAGGAGGCUUAGCCUAUCCUCCCUGGCUAAUAUUUUUUGGCAGCAGCGAGACCUUAAACAGCUACUCAUUCCUCUCUGAUUAUUCAUUUCCAUCAGUUUUAUUGCAGCAGGCUGGGCCCUGGUGUAUUCAGCCUCUUCAGCUUAAUGCAUGUGCUUUAGAAUGAAUUUCACUCUGCUUUUCAGCUACGGUGGGGGGAAGAAAUGUGUUGCUAAUUGAAAAUGCUUGGUUUGGUGCAGCCAGGAGAGAGGCACUGCCAGGUUCAGGCUGCUCUGGGCUGUCUGCAGCUGUGGCUGUGCAGGGCAGAGCAGGGCUGGCUCUGCCCCUCUGGAAAAGGCUGAUUGUUCCUCUGUGGCUGUGCCCAGCAAUGCCCCCGCCUGGGCCCAGGGCCAGGGG